CUAGUUAAGAAGCCUAUGUAUAUUUAUAUAGUCGCGCUGCCGGAGUACUACUCUGGCCGUGAUUUUAUCAUGGCGUUGCCGAAUCACAGGGAGCUAUCGCCCAACCUUUUAACGUUUCUGGAUCAAAAUUUCACAGCCGCCACCCACCACCACCACCGCCGCAUUUUAGGGUUUCCAGAUGGCAACCCGACCGGUCCUACCAACUCCACCACCUACGACAACCGCCACCACCGUGGCUAUGGACUUUCAUCACCAACAUCAUCAUUAUCAUCGUCGUCGUCAUCUGUGUUCACAUUAUUGUAUAGCACGGCUUCCGAUCUAGAAUUGAAAUUGAGCGGAGACUGUGCUGAAUUGGACGCCCAUCUCCUACAGCUGUACCAGAACCUCUCCAAGCUGCUAAUCUCGUGGAUUUCUCGUUCAGUUGCAGCCAAAUCCGCUAUCCAUAAGCUCAACAAAGCGACGUCAUUGACGCCUUUUGGGAUUGAUGGCCCCGUGAAAAUGCCUGAGAUGAUGUGCGAGGAACUGCACCGGCUUGCAAUGGAAUUGAAACGAAUCGAAACUAUUCGCUGUUAUGUUGAUGCUACCAGACAGUUAGAAGCAAUGGUUGGAGAUCUUGAAGAUGCAGCUUCGUUUAUUAUGAAACAACAACCUGGAAAACUACCCGGAGCUAAUUGUUCAAAUCCAUCAGUCUCUAUAGAUCACGUAUCCAGGCAAGAAAAGUUUUUUCAAGCUAUAAGAUGCAUGAAUGAUAUUGAGGAUCUAUUUUCCAAUCCUGUGAGAUUUCAGCCUCGAUGGUGCCGUCUUAUGAAAUCUGUGGAUUCCAGAAUAGACAAAAUAUUGACUUUGCUCCGGCCACAAGUUCUUGCAGAUCACCGGGCUCUUCUAUCAUCCCUUGGAUGGCCACCGAAAGUUUUGACGUCAAAAAUAGAAAGUGGAAAGAUCUCAGUCCUUCCAAAUCCACUAGUUUUAAUGCAAAUAGACAAACAGAAGGCAUAUUCUGAGAGUUUUCUAGCACUUUGUGCUUUGCAACAUCUGCAGACACGGAGGGAAAAGCGUCAGCUUUGCUUUUUGGGACAAAAGAAGAAGCUUAAUAUACGGCUUUGGGCGAUUGAUGAACUGGUUUUUCCUAUUGCAUCACGGUUAGAAUAUCACUUCUCCAAAUGGGCAGAUCAACCUGAGUUUGCAUUUGCUCUUGUAUACAAGAUUACUAGGGAUUUCAUAGUAGGAGUGGAUGAUGUUUUGCAGCCUCUCAUUGAUAGAGCAAAUUUGGUUAGCUUUAGUGCUAAAGAAGCUUGGGUUUCUGCAAUGGUUCAAACACUUUCUGCAUUUUUGGCAAAUGGAGUUUUCUCCAUUCUUGUUGAAAGACACAAAGAGCGAGAAUCAAGAAUUGAGGUUAUUUCUUCAUGGCUUCAUUUGAUCGACCAUAUGGUUAAUUUUGAUAAACAAAUUCUGUCGCUUAUGAGUUCAGAAGCUUAUCUCUUCUUGGGGGACUUCAAAAGGCUUGAAGGAUACUCAACAGACUUAUCAGUGUUUUCAUUAUUCUCUGAUAGGACUGACUGGCUCCGAAUUUGGGAGAAAAUAGAGCUCAAGGAAGGCAGAAGGAAACUAAAAGCAGAAUCAAAAGAUGAAGGAGCAUGGUUGGUUACGAAACAGGAAGUUGGAUCUGCUGUUGACAGAAAAACUGAGCAAUUUCUUCUCAAUUCUAGGGAAGACCAUAAAGCCCCAUUUAUUGUAGAAUGUGCUCUCAAACUUGCUUGGGAAAUGAUUGAACGUUGCAGAACUUUACCAGGGAUUUUAACAAGGAUCCAAUUUAUUAGAUCAACAGCAGCCAAAGUAUUUUGGUACCUUUUUGAUUUGCUUGUUCAGCGAUACAAGAGAACUGAGUUCCUUGCUACUGACUGCAGUGAUGAAUCCUUGUUGACACUAUGUGAGGUGAUUAAUGGCGCUAGAUACUGUGAAUCUAAACUGCAUGAUUGGAGUGAUGAUGUUGAUUUGCUUGAGAUGAGAAUUGCUGAAAAUGCAAAAGAUGAUGCUACUGAUAAUUGUUUCUUCUUUGGAGAAGAAAUUAAGAGCUUGGCUGAUCUAGAGAUGAAUCUUCUAAUGGAAAUAAUUGCUGGCCUUCUGCAUCAAUUUGAAAUCCUCUCCCAGGAUUAUAUCCAAACUAUGGAACUCUUUGAGCAAGAGGAAGAUAUUGGUCUAUUUAGAGCUUCAGAAGGCGCAGAUUUCUUUGUAACUGUGGAGUUUCUUGAAGCAUUGGAUACUUUGAGAAGUCGACUUUGUUUUAUGGAUGUGUGUCUCAAUCCAAAGGACUUUUCAGACUUGUGGAGAAGUGUUGCAGAUGGGCUUGACCAUUUCAUUUUUGGCAGCAUAUUAUUGAGCGAUUAUAGAUUCUCUGACGAGGGGAUUAAGCAGUUUGGAGCUGAUAUGCGAGCACUAUUCCUUGUUUUUCAACCAUUUUGUGCUAGGCCUGAAGCAUUUUUCCCUUGUAUCAGAAACUCUCUUAAGUUGUUAGAAAUGGAUAGGGUAGCUUUAAGGCGUUUGCAUGUAGUUUCAUCUAAUGCUUUAGACAGGACAGAUUGGUUGCAUUCUUGUGGUGUUACUCACCUAUCGGUUGAUCAAGCGCAGCAUAUUUUGUGGAAUCGGAAAUAUGGGAUUGCACCUACAGAUGUGAUUUAUGGAAAGUGAUUAUGAUUUCAAAGUUUA